CAAAUAAAAAUAUAUAACCGAACGCAAGCCGAAAGCAAAACAUUCCACUCUUUAAAUUUUUCUGAGAAAAAUAUAUUAUUAGAAAUUCCAACUCUCGAUUUUGGAUUUAAUUGGAUAGCAACUUUGGAAGAAUCUGGUUUUGUGCAGCAGUUGUUGUUUCAAGAUCAAAACGAUGUCAUCUCCGGACGUUGUCUCGCUAUUGGAGAGCUCGAAGGAGCUCGAUCGGGUAAGGAAAGAACAGGAGGAGAUUCUCUCAGAAAUCAACAAGCUCCACAAGAAGCUUCAGACUACUCCUGAAGUGGUUGAGAAGCCUGGGGAUACCUCAUUGGCAAGGCUUAAAGUGUUGUACACUCAAGCAAAAGAUCUUUCGGAAAGUGAAGCAAAUAUUUCCAGCUUAAUGUUAAGCCAAAUUGAUGGAAUACUCCCUACGGGUCCACAGGGGCAAACACGAAGAAGAAUAGGAAAAGGUAAAGUCUACUCUUUGGAUACUCAUCUCUGCUGCAAUGUGGAAGGUAAUGAGCAGAAAAGGAAACGAGUAAAGACUGAGUCAGAUAUUUCAAGACUAAAUCCUACUAUGCGAAAUCAUCUUGAAGCUUGUGCCAGUCUUAAAGGAGAACAGUUAAUUUCUUGUCAGGUGGCAGCUAGGGUCACACCACGAAAUGCUGAUAAGGAUGAAUGGUUUGUUGUAAAAGUGAUUCAUUUUGACAAGGAAUCAAAGGAAUUUGAAGUACUAGAUGAGGAACCAGGUGAUGACGAAGAAAGCAGUGGCCAAAGACAGUACAAGCUUCCCAUGGGAAAUAUCAUUGCUUUUCCCAAGAGUAAUGAUCCUUCUAGUGCUCAAGAUUUCCCACCUGGAAAACAUGUUUUGGCGGUCUAUCCAGGAACUACUGCACUUUAUAAAGCAACAGUUGUUCAAGGCCCUCGCAGAAGGAAAACCGAGGACUAUGUGUUGGAAUUUGAUGAUGACGAAGAAGAUGGAUCUUUACCUCAAAGGACUGUGCCCUUCCAUAAAGUGGUUCUUCUUCCAGAAGGACAUCGCCAAUGAGCUUUAAACUAUUUAUAGGUGUGUAUAAAGUAGAAACGACAUUAUUGCAUAUGUGCCAGUUGUGUACUAUGCUGCGUUAUGUUUUUUUCAAGAUUGACAUCCCAACUUAGUUUCAAGCAUGUAAGAAUGACAGCGCAGUUUACCACUGCGUAUAAAUGAUAAAUAGUUUGUGACAACUUUGUUACA